AUGGCACCCCCUUGUGGCUCGACGCCCGUUGCGAGUCAAGAUGUCGAUGAUGAAGAGUUGAGUAGCCCGCCUUGCCCCACAUGGCUCCUCUCCCCUUCCCAACGAACGAUGACCGUUUGUCGGCAACGACGCUCAUCGCACCAUCUCCCACCAUCACAGUCCUUCUCUCAAUUUGACCCUCGCCGACGCCUUCAAACCCAAGCUCGAAAAGCGCCAACAGCGUCGCGAUCAGCUCGCGCAACAAAUCGCACCCCUAGCCCAAGCGCAUAAAAAUGAGGUUGACGCGAUCCUCGACAAGAUGAACGUCGAGUUGCAGGGUGAGAAGGACGCGUUCGAGGAAAGGGAGAGGAUAUUCGGGGAGGAGGAGAAGAGGUUGAAGGGGGAGUUGAUGCGUCUGUCGGAAAGGAUGCAGGUGGGUCCUCAACUGGCAUUGGGGCAAGUCCUCGGCGUGACGCAGGUUUGCUCAGGCUAAGACGAGUUUGCUCGGAUGCAUGACCUCGUAGGAAGAGAUGUCCGCCUCGAUCGGCAGGGUACACCAGAUCCUAGCCGAUGACGAAAAGUACAUGGCCCAAUUCGCAGCCAACAUACAGACCAUCGUCAAAGGUAUGUUCACAUCGAUCGGGUCGCCUCCUAACCCGGGGAUUGAGCUUGGUUCGGCUCGAAACCUUGAUUGAAGUGUCCAUGCUAACUCCCAAAAGGGGCGUGAACUUCACAGCCGAGCAAGAAGAAGUCGAAAGGAGGGUACAGAAAUGCUGGUUCGUUCAGGCAGAACCACAAGCGGAAGGAGCGGGCCCGCAGACCGGUGAUCGUCAACGCAAGACUACGCCGGCGCCGGCCAGGGGACAUUGA